GUUUAAUAAGAUAUCUGGAUAUAAGGAAAACAAUGUCAUACAAGACGUCACUCCCCCACUAAAUUUUACCUCGGAGUGCGAAGAUAUAUGCAUUACGAUACUUUUGCACGACGCCUUAGAUCCCCGCGCUAUUUCCCCUUCUGGAAGUCUGUUUGGACCUCGGACAUAAUUAUGACAUCACCAAUCAUCAUCUUUAUCAAUACAGGUAUUACCUAUAUCUAUCACUGACAUCUUUUUUCAAUUCUUGCCUUACCUACUUUCUGUCUGUGGAUUUAUUAAGUUUCAUUACCUUAGAUAUCUACAGCUUUUAUAAACAUAACCACUUCUAUUUAUAACGUAUAAUAAUCAUACAAGCAUCAACCCAACCCAAAACCACCAUCAUGUCUUUUCUAGAAGUCACCGCUCGCCGUCUGGCCACCACCUCCAGAGUCGCCGUGGUUCCUGCACCCCGACACUUCAGCACAAGCAUCGCAGCACAAAAGUCAGUCACAGAAGCUGCCAAGGACACAUUAAAAACAGUAGAUCGAAAGGUCUCGGAUAAAUUAGUCGAUGGUAUCAACGUAGGAGCAAAGCUCGCAUCGAAAGUCAAGGGCGAUGCCGACACGGGCAAGGUAAAAGGCACAGCCGAAGAGAUCCGCAGCCAAGUGAAAGGGGCAGCUGAAGAAGCUGAGGGCAAGGCAAAAGGGGCAGCUCAAGAAGCCGAGGGCAAGGCAAAGGGGGUAGUUCAAGAGGCCGAGGGCAAGAUCAAUGGAAGUUCAUAAGAGUUUGUAUGAAUUGAAGAAAGCUUUAAUGUUGCACUUUGGAUAGGGGAUGUCCAUUGUGCGCCUGUAUGAUAAUGAGACCAUUCAAAGGACGUCUUUAAUUGCACAAACUGCCCGAAAUGCUAAGCUAUCAACUCAUGGAGCAUAGUUGAAC